AAUUUCUUCUCAUUUUCUUUCUUCCAUUCGAUUAUUAAAUUCUAGGGUCCAAAUGCAAGCAUGUGGGCAUGUCUCCAUUUCAUAGAUUUACUCUAAUUUGUUUUCUUUCUCUUUAAUUAUACUCUUUAGCGUGUUUUUUCGAUUGAUUACUUGUUGAAUUCAAUUGGGUGUGCGAGCUUUCUUUCUUUAUCCUUUUGUUCAGCAAACCCAUUUCUUUCUUUCUCCUCUUUCUUUGGAUUGAGAUCUAGCAUUCGAUCUCGUGCUCAGAAAAUGGAAAGAAUUGCUAGGAGUCACCGUAGCAGAUCACUUCCUCGUCGUAUCAGGUCAGCUCCAUACCCUCUUCGUUUACACCACCAGUAUGAUGUCACAGGCAUAGGCAACCCAAGGAGUAUAUCACCAUCCUUAGCAUUAGAGAAAAAAGAUUGGGAGGAUGCCAAAUGCUCAGUAUGCAUGGAGUCCCCACACAACGCCGUGCUCCUCCUCUGCUCCUCCCACGACAAGGGCUGCCGCCCCUACAUGUGUGCCACCAGCCAUCGCCACUCCAAUUGCCUCGACCAGUUCAAUAAAGCCUACACCAAAACCAACGACAAUGAUGAAAACUUGGAGUGCAUAGAUCUUGCUUCUUGCCCUCUUUGCCGAGGGCAGGUCAAAGGAUGGACGGUGGUCGAACCCGCGAGAGAAUUCCUCAACAAGAAGAUGCGAAGCUGCAUGCAAGACAAUUGCUCCUUCACUGGGACGUAUAAAGAGCUCAAGAAGCACGUCAGGUCCGAGCACCCUUGCGCAAAACCCCGAGAGGUCGAUCCCUUGAUGCAGCAGAAGUGGACGAGGCUUGAGAAUGAACGGGAAAGGGAGGAUGUUAUCAGCACAAUUAGGUCGUCGAUGCCACGGUCGAUGGUAUUUGGGGAUUACGUGAUCGAGAUGGCAAACAGUGAUCCUGAGGGUUCGGAUGAGGAGGUUGAGGUUAUGGGUGGAGAUGGUUCAGAUGGCCGUGGUAUAAGUAGGAGUAUACUUUGUUUCUUUCUACGGGAGGGGGCAAGAUUGAUGCGGCUCGACGGGGAUUCUGACAGGACAAUGUCGAUAACAGUAGGCGGAGGAGAUGAUGAUUCUGGAGCAGCUGAGGCUGAC